CGUCUGGUUUAUUUUUGUUCUUGCUGAUUUGACACUGGUACCACAGAGGGGACCUCUCUCAGCUGUGCCGUUAGCAAGCAUAGCUCGCCUGCUAACAGACAAGAAGAAGGAAGAAAAAAAAAUCAAGCAAGCGGUGUUUCGGGGGAUUUGACAAAAAAUGGAUAAGAAUGCCACGAGGUACAGUGUACAGCUUUAUAUUUACGACCUGUCAAGAGGAAUGGCUCGCAGCCUCAGUCCCAUCAUGUUAGGAAAGCAGCUGGAUGGCAUCUGGCACACGGCCAUAGUUGUGUACGGAGAUGAGUUCUUCUUCGGAGGGGUGGGGAUCUCCAGCUGUUCACCGGGUGGGACAAUGCUCGGCCCUCCAGACACAGUAGUGGAGCUAGGAGAGACCGAGGUGUCAGAAGAGAUCUUCAUGGAUUACCUCUCUUCCUUGGGAGAAAGCACAUACAGAGGUGACAGGUAUCGGCUGUUUGAGCACAACUGCAACACCUUCACCAACGAGGUAGCUCAGUUCCUCACCGGCAGGCCCAUCCCCUCCUACAUCACCGACCUCCCGUCUGAGGUUCUCUCCACGCCAUUUGGACAGAUACUCCGACCCAUCCUUGACUCCAUCCACAUUGCCCCUCCUGGGGGCAACGUCAUCAACGGGGCAAGAAACAACUGAAUUAGGUGCAUACGAAAUCACAGAGCAUUCUCAAGGUCACUUCCAUUGUAGUCAGUCAGUCAGAGGGAGUCUCAAACUGCUUUUUAUUUCUUUCUCUCUCUAUGCUGUAACAAAAUUGCACACUUACAUUGAAGCUGACAGCAAUGUUGAAGGAUAAAACUUAGAUGAAUGACCAGAUGCCUUCCAAACCUAAUGUCAGCAAGGUGGGAGGUUAAUGUCAGCCACAUGCUGGCUAAGAUGUGCGUCUACUCAAACAGCCUCUUUGACAGGUAACCAACCAACGUUUGGAGAUUCUCUCCUAUUUUUGAAGUCUAGCUGGUUGGGAAAUACUGAAAAAGGCUGUUAAAACCCUUGAUUGUACCAGCAUUUUUUUCCAGUGGGCAAAACAGCUGAUUUCUUACACUGAGUGCUGGCUUUGAAUGCUAUUGGCUCAUGACAGUUCAGUUCCAUCUUAUUAUCAAGUGGGAAGCUGGAUCAAUCAAAUUUCAGUAAUGCCAUAUCAGGUUUCACAAGAUGGCAGGGAUGUAUUAUCUAAUGUAGUUAUCUUUUAUGGUAAACAAGUCUCCAUGGUGUGAGAACUGCCUGCUGCUGACUACAGUGGGAUUAACCUUGGUGUCCACUCUAGCACAGAUACUUUUUAAAGGAACAGUUCAUGCAAAUUUCUUCAUACAUACAGUACACACACACAUCUAUCCAGCUAUCUCCCUUUGUAGAUAGAUAGAUAGCAAAACUGAACUGUUCCUUUAAUUCAUGUAUUGAUUUUCAAUGGAUGCGGGUUAAUGAAGAAAUAAGAGGAGGAAGGUUGAAUCUCAGCGGGUCUAUUAAUGUCAGUCCCAUUUUUGCUUUUGUACUUGUAUGCUUUUAUUAUACUUUUUGUUAUUUGGUAGCUGGUAUAUUACCCAACACCAGCAAUGCUGUAGUACCUGGAAUGUUUUUAUUAUUUGACUGAAGUCCAAAUCUUCUGUGGUUACCUACUGACCUUACAUUACUUUCCCUAAGUCCUUGAUAUGACAUGCAGUUGCCAUGCACUGAUACCUAACAGCAUAGAUUAGAGGGGGUAUGAAGUCAUAAUGUCUUCCCUAAAGUAUAUCUUCACAUAUAACAGGGCAGUAUCAGUUGAUGGUAAAUUCAGUUAUUUCCACAUAUAAGUAAAUACUGCAUAUCAUUUGUUACUCAAACGUCUUUCUGAUGUAACUGAAUUCAAAGUCGGCUGAAGCUCAGCCCUGUUAUAUAGCAGAUCAGUCAAUGAUGUAGAUGUUUUACUUAACGUAGAUGUUUUUCUUUGCAAUAGUGAUGGAGUUCAUAUGGGAAAACUGCGACCCACAAUUAGCAACGCACCCCUCCCCUGAACCAUGGUUGAUUAGAUAUGGCUAUUGCCAAUAUGUCAUGUGCCUGAAAAAAUUAUAUGAGGUUUGCUUGAGAACAUGCAAUUAUAUCGUUGAAAUGUCAGGAUAGGGAUAUUAUGGAUUCUCCCCAACCACUGUUACGUCUGCCGCCCCACAUCUUGACUGUGAGCAUGAAAACUCAAACACUCAAAUCUGCUGUUCACACUCUUGACCCCUAGAGGAAGAACUCGACUGAUUUUGGUGACCACAAAUGUUUCUUCUAGCCCACUAUCAAUUUGUGCAUGCAGUAAUGUUAUAAUGUUAUAAUUCACUAAUAUUAACAAACAGCAAAAUAUGGUAUGGAAGUGGUUUACUUUACAUUGUGGCAUAGAUUAGGAGGAUUGAAUGCUGUCAUUACUGGGGGCGACCAUAAUACAAGUUCCCAAUGUGUGGUCAAACCAUUGAAGGGUCAAAGUAACAAGAUGCCAUUCAGGUCAUUAUGGGGUUUUACCCUGUUGUCAUUCAGCAACAGCACAUGUCUCGUUGGAAAAUGUUACUCAUUUGAAUCUUGCACUUGAAAGACUGCAGAUUGUGGUUCUUGAUCUUUCCAGGGGUUGGGUAUGUUUUUAUAAAUACAUUUUCCAUUGGUCUGCCAUUCAUAUAAUUCAAAAUAAGAGCACAUUCACAGAUUUUUAACUGUAAAACUGACACAGUGGUAUCAUUUAACUCCCAUGGGUAUGGGAACGCUGCCUUGUGUACUCUCUCAACCUAACAGUGACGUUUGAGUCCUUUAACAGCCACCAGAGUGUAUUUGGUAUACAAUGCAUCUCUGUGCCUUCACUUCCCUCUGCUUGGCCACAGUCACGCUGUUUGUGUUUGGCAUGUUAAGCAUGCAGCAUAGACAGCGUCUGCCAGUGCAGUUUGCAUUAAGAAUCCUUAGCACAGCACGUAUUAGGUGAAGGACAUUAGAGGUAGCAAGGAUCCUUCAGCUCCACAACAUUCAUGUAGUAAAACAAGUCAAAUAUUAAAGUAUAGAUCAAUGAGUGACUGAAAUCAUGAGUCAGUAAUACACACUAUACAAUAUACCCCAUAUAAUUCUUAUCUAUAAAUAUAUAGCAGUAGCAAAAUCACAGGAUAAACAACAUCAUAGAACGUUAAUGUCACCAACAAAUUGUAGUUCUGCAUUUAGUGGACUAUUGGCAUCUCUGGAUAGAGUAACGCUUUGUCCAGCCUCUACUCUCUUUACAAUUACAAUGCCUCUGAUUGUCCAUGUGCGCCAACAGAUGUACUACACAUAGGUAUAUAAUUUGUAAAGGAUAGUGUAGAAACUGUCACUAAUUAUCGCAGGUCCCUUUCAGGGUGAUACAAAACCAGACUGUAUAUUUUCCCUCUUAUUACACAGCUAUGAAAGAAAGCAAUAAUGUAACACAAAAUAUUAAAGGAUCAUACCAGUGAUUUUGAAUGUCUGGCCAAUGUACUGCAAGUUACCAUUAUUUUACAUUGCGACAACCCAUUUUUCAAAUCAUGCGGGGGUGCAAAAGAUUUCACAACAUAUUUUCAUAAUCUCUCAGUUUUGGAAUUAGAAUUUUGUCCUGCCCCUGCAGCUAACAAAGUCGUCACUAUUCAUAAACCACAGAGCUGAUAACUGGCAUUUCCCUAGGGACUAUUUUCCAAUAGUGGGACCAUAUCAUUCCGCCCAUUUUCAAGUCAUCAAAACACAGCAGUGCUGCUGCUUCAAAACUAACGUGGGCGACUUUUUUACAGUGAUGAAUACUGGUUUGAAAAAUGUUGAAAAAUGAAGUCUCUGUUAGUUCAUUUUCAUAUCAUAGUGGAAUGAAUGGAAACCAGUGUUCAAAAAUAUGACUGCUUUCUUUGGUAAAAGCAGACAUAUGAAAUAUAUAUAUUUUGUAAACAUGCAAAAUCACUGGUAUCCUCCUUUUAAUUUUGAAAGGAUUUUUGCUCAAACAAAUAGUUCAUAGAUGCUUUUGAUGUUGACAACAACUAAUGUUAGACCUAGAAGGCUUUGGGCAUAAAAAAAAUUCAAUUAGCCCACCACACUUGUUGCUUCCUUCUGGCUUUCUUCUCUUUUCUAGAGAUAAUUCAGCUUCCAGCAACUAAUUUAAACGUUUCAUGUUUCCCUAAAAAAUUAAGUCAUGUCCACACUAUCUCAGCUCCAGCAGGUAUUGGUGCUAGCUAGCUUGAUGAAUGGUAGUAAAUAGAGCGGACCUUCUUUGUGGACUGAUAUAUCACAGUGACCGUCCAGAACAACAGUCAGUUAUUCAUUAUGCUGAUCAUGAUCCAGGAAUAUGGGACCACAGAAUGCUGCGACUGACCAAUCAGAACUGAAUUUUUCACAGUGCCGUGUACAAGACAAAAUAAUGCAUUUGCAGAUCAUGUUUUAGACAAUUCUAAGUAAUGUGUGGUACAUUUGUACAUAUGAACACACUUUCUGGCAGUAGGUGAGCCUCUGUUGUUUUCCUGUCUAAACAAGGAGUGGAGGAUGGAAUAAAUAGCACAGAAAUAUAAGAAAUUUUAAAGGGUAAUCAGGCUGAUAUUAAUUUCAGUGUGGCUCUUGCAAAAGAAGACAUUUUCCAAAUAAUUACCUUAAAAUUUGUCGUUAUUUUGUCUCCUUUUAGGAGAACAACUUAAUGUUAAGUUUAGAAGGAGUUCCCCUAUAAGCUUUAUGUUUCUUUGGGCCUUUGCCUGUAUUUGUCAUGCUCACUAUUUAUUACUAACAGCCUUCUGCUAAGCAACUAAAUGACAAGUUACCUGACCACUGAAAUGUAUUAUUGUAGAAGUUAACCCUUUUUUUUUUGCCCUAAUGUAACGUUAUUGUCUGUUCUUUAAAUCCAAUUGCUGGCUGCUACCUGUAAUGUGAGAUUGCAACAGAUAUUUAUGAAUAUUAUAUUAUUCUCUGUUUAAGUUAUUUCACUAUGUUAUGUUUAUGCGUAUCAUUUUUAUUGUUUGUGUAAUUGUUUUUUUGUAAUUCUAUCUACACAUAAAGCCAUUGACUGCAAAUUUU